UUCCCUUCACUCUGGUCUGCUUCUUGUACAUAAUAAAAUUAUUGAAUUUCAAGUUCCUUCGAUGGCUUCCCUUCCACCAGCUUCUUCCCUCCGUAUGGUUCCCUAUUCGACACUCCGAAGCCCCUUGCUGUUCCCCUCUCCCUCCUACCUCCUUUCCAAGCACAAAACCUUUCACUCUCCCAGUACUUCCAUUCUAUCAGUCUCUCAUUCCUUGCCCCAAGUUUCCACCACCUCCGCCACCUCCUUUCCAUACUCCCAACUCCGGCACCGACAACAUCCCAAGCAAGAAGAGCCGGUCAAAGAACGAACGAUUGGUGAUUCGGAAGAACCACAUAGAGACGACGAUGAUGAUCAUCCCAUCGGCGACUGUAUUGUUUUCGAAGAGGGUGCUUUCGAGGAAGAGAAUCCUGUCCUCAGCGGCCGGCUCAAGCAGCCCAAGAGGAAGAUUUCGAAUUCUGAGGCGGCUUCUGCUGGAGAUUCCGACAGCUUGGUUCCAGAGAAGUGGAAAGAGGUUGUAGCGGAGAUUAACUUGACGAAGAAAGAGAAGCGGAAGAUGGCGCACCAGCUGAAAUUCGGAAGCCGAUUGGAGGCGCGGAAGAAAAUCCCCGUACCGGAUAAGGAGGAGUACUUGGCCUAUCGAGAGAUGAAGCUGUCACAGCUAAAUCCGGUUGUGCUGGAUAGUCCGAAGCGAUUCCCACGAGAGGCAGUGGUACUCAAGGACCCGAGUGAGCGGUCUAGUGGAAGGGUGGCUCCGAGGAACCCUAGGUUGGGGAUUCGCGAGGAAACAAUGGAAGAUAUAACGGAUUUUUUCAAUAGCGGGGAUUACGUGCCAGGGGAGAGAAACGAUGACAAGAAGCCGCAAGGUCGUCGCAAGCUAUUCACAGAAGAAGAAAAGGUUCUUCUGAAUAAACGCAUUCCUAAUUUGGGUGUAGCAACGUCGAGGAAAUGGCUACCUUUGCACACUCUUGCGUCUUCUGGAGAGUUUUAUCUUUUGGAUUUGCUGCUGAAGCACAGUGUUGAUAUCAAUGCUGUUGACGAGGAUGGGUUAACAGCAAUUCAUAAAGCUAUACUUUCCAAGAAACAUGCCAUUACUAGUUAUCUGUUGAGAAAUUCAGCCAAUCCUUUUGUACGUGAUAUGGAUGGUGCUACUUUGAUGCAUUAUGCGGUGCUUGCUGCAUCAAGUGACUGCAUAAAGAUUCUAAUGCUGUACAAUGUUGACAUUAAUCUAGCUGAUAAUGAUGGAUGGACACCACUACAUCUAGCUGUGCAAACUCAAAGAGCUGAUAUUGUGAGACUUCUUUUGAAAAAAGGAGUUGAUAGGACGCUUAAAAAUAAGGACGGGUUAAAACCACUGGAUCUCUGUCUUUAUUGUGGCCAUAAUGUGAAAACCUACGAAAUUAUCAAGUUGCUUAAGGAGGCUCCAAAGCCGAAUUCACAUGGAUGAGAGUGGUUUAUGCUGGAAGCUCCAUAAAAUCUCUUCAUUUUACAUAUCAAUCAUUAUAAUUUGCAGGUAAAUAGAAUUUGUUUCUAUUUACUCAGUCUUUCUAAGCAGCCGUCUUCGCUCAUAUUAAUUGCGAGGAGCUUGCAUCCUCAACUCUAGACACUUUAUAUGAGAUUUAAAUGAUAAUUGGAAUACAUUUACUUCAUUAGGUAAAUGCUAUUGUUAGAAUAAUUGCAGAACUACAACGUAAAUCAAUAACAUCAAUAUUUAUUCAGAAAACCUUUGAUGUAAAAGCUGCGGGCAAGGAAGAAGUGUGUCUGUGUAAAAACUAUUAAGGUUCCGUGUGCCGCUUUUCAUGAUUGUUUGAUUGACAGAGUUUGUAAAACCUCUGGGGUCAUAGGUUCGAUCCUGUCUUAUGUGAAAAAUGAAAUUCUCAAGCACAU